GGAAAAACUCCCACGAUUUCUCACCGGGAGACCGGCGGGCAGAUGUGCUGGUGGAGGGUGAUGCAGAGGUGGCACAUAGACGGAUUAACAAACAACUGCAUUGAGCACACAAAGCAGAAAACACACACCAGCAAAGUAGAGGCCUGUUGGCAGCCUGAAGCCCUGAGAAGAUGGUGGGACUGAGAAACCGCUCCACAUGGGAACCCUUGCUACUCAAGGCCUCUUGCAUCAAGUCCUGUGCCAACGGCUGUUCACUGGGCAUCACUGCACACCUGACCUAUGCCAACGCUGACACAGAGUCAGUUGAAGGUGUGUUUGUGUACCCUCUCGGGGAAAAGGAGGUUGUGGUGGGCUUUGAGGCUGUAAUCGCAGGCCGGCUGGUGGGGGUACAGAUCCAGAACCGAGGAAAGCUGAAGGACUGCUGUCUGGAUUGCUGCCCAGGCUCGGGUCUUGAUGGCCAGUGUGGGAAUGGCCGGGAGUGGGGCUGCUGCGGGAGCUCCAGUCUAGACAUGCAGUGCACCAACGGACAUCUCAUCCUAGAUGAGGACCUGGAGAGGACCACCUUCAUUGUGGGCACAGGGGUCAUUGGCCCUAUGGAUAUAGUGUCUAUUAUCAUAAAUUCUACAGUAGAACUCCCCACAUUGGAAAAUGGAGCAAUCCACAUUGUCUACCCCACACUCCUCACCCCAAUUGUCAAUGGACAGAUGACUCCAAGCAAAAGUGAAAAUGGAGGCAAAUCAGAUGAAACAGGACCAACCAGUUGUUUCGGCGCCACCUCAGGCAAGCAGGAACGGGUUCCAGGCUCUGAGCAGCAGUGUGCCCAUGCCAUCCUCACCAGUCCAGCUGCCAACCUGGCACCCUAUGAGCUCAACUUUCAGCUGCUAGUCAGAGGGGCCUGUCUACUCGCUGGACUGGAGAGUCCGACUCAUGCUCUGAGGGCAGAUGCAGACCCCAGUGCUCAAAGUGCCUCUGCCACCUACAUCACCCUGGCACAGGAGCAUCCAUAUGACAGACACAUAGAAGUCAUCCUGCACCUCAGUGAACCUCACAGCCCAUUGGUCAUCUUGGAGAAAGGCAGGCUCUCCUUCAGCCAAUAUGAGCAGCAGAUCACUUCCCGCCGUGAUUUCAUUCGCUCUAUGCGAAAAGAUUCAGAGCCAGAGAAGAAGGUGGAGUUCGUAAGGAAGCGGUACCACAAGGACAUCCUGAGCUGCCCUGUCUUGAUGCUCAACUUCUGUCCUGAUUUGUUGUGUGAGCCUCCAGAGCUGCACAGCGCCACCAGGGAGCUGCUCUUCCUUAUUGACCGCAGUGGCAGCAUGAGUGGCACCAACAUCCAUCGCAUAAAGGAAGGCAUGAUGGUGGCAUUGAAGAGUCUCCCUCCUGGCACCAUGCUCAACAUUGUGGGCUUUGGCACCACCAUCAAGACCCUAUUCACCUCCAGCAAGCUCUGCACUGAUGUCACUCUAGUGCAGGCAUGCGAGUAUGUCCAGAGGAUGAGGGCUGACAUGCGAGGUACCAACCUGCUGGGGGCACUGUCCUGGGUGUACCAGGAGCCCAUGCAGCGGUCAUGCCCGCGCCAGGUUUUCAUCAUCACAGAUGGGACCAUUAGCAACGUGGCCAAGGUGCUGGAGCUGGUCCGCAGAAACACAUGCUCUGCCAGAUGCUUUGGCUUGGGCCUUGGUCCUCGAGCCUGCAGGAGGCUCCUGCUGGGCGUUGCCAAGUUGACAGGAGGAACUACAGAGUUCUUGUACGAUGAUGAGAGACUCCAGCCCAAGUUAAUCAAGUCCCUGAAAAAGGCCUUUGAGCCUGUGCUGACUGAUGUGCGAGUCGACUGGUACCUGCCGGACAACAUGGAGGCUCUUCUCUCACCCAGUGAGAUCCCUCCAAUCUACCCAGGAAAUCGUCUGAUUGGAUACUGCACUCUGUAUGAUAUGACUAAUUUCAAAGCCAAAAAGACAGAGGCUCAAGGACAUAGCUAUAAAGGUGUCCACCGUGGCUCCAUGGGCUCAGUUUUUGGCCUAUCUAAUGAUGAGCUAUCGCCUCCUCCUGCCUCAGAGCUCCUGCCCAUGGUGACAUCUGCAGAUGGCACUGACUUGGAGGAGGCACUGAGGGAGAUUUCCAGAGAAAUCUCCUCUGAGUUCUCCUGUGCCAAGGACACAGACCCUGGCACCAGCCCAGGCGUGGAAAUGGACUGGACGAGUGACGUUCGAAAGAGGAUCCAGGAGAGGUCCUACGUCCAGGAACAGUAUGUCCUCACUCGCUGCUCCCUCAGCAGUGAGAGGGGACUACAAACACACUCUCACUCCCAAACACACACCUCCUCCAUCUCUGACUCUGCAGGUGGCUCUUUUCUCCCUGAGCCUCACUAUGGUGCCCUGCUGGACACAGGGUCCCUGCCCCAGGGCCUGGAGAAAAUGCCCCCUCCAGAACACAGGACAUCCCUGUCUCGUUGGGCAGACUCACCUUGUCAACAAAACCUCGCCGCUGAAAACUCUGACAAUUGGUCAAAAAAGAAUGGACGUCUGUAUGGAGGUGAGGAGUCUCGCAGGAGACAAAAAGCUUUGGCUCGUUCGACCAUGGCGGCGCGAAGUUUCUCCUCCCCCCAGGGUGAGCUGGACAUGCACCGUCUGAGGAGAGCUCUAGAGAGGGUCUCCUUUGAUCAGACCCUUGGAGGGAGGCUGGACGAAAGUGAUGGGGAGACUCUGCCCACCCCAUGUGGGGCACUUUCCCGCAGAAGCCUCACCGACUCCAAUGGGCUGCUGUUCCCUGCCUCUCCUCUGGACUGGGACAGCUUCACCGACCCGGAGUACCUGUUCACUGCUGCUCCGCUUGAGGAUCCCCCACCAGGGCAGUGCCGCUCCCUCAUUCACGGAGUGCUUGGCGGUCAGCCCUUGUCGUGGGAGGUCACUGUGGACCUUGGGCACCUCUGGACCCCUGAGGGCCAGGAGACAACAGUGGGUGGGGGAAGUGGGGGAGGAGGAGGUGAACCAUGGGAGGAGAUCAUCCACCAGCUGACUGCUCGCUCUGUUAUCAGAGACUUUGAGAAAAUGGCAGAGAAGGAGACUGACAUUGAACAUGGCCCAGCUAAGCGAUACCGUCUGAAGGCGAUCCAGACCAGUAAGCACUGUAACAUCAUCUGCAUGUACACAACCUUCACUGCUAUUGACAGCAGCUCCAGCAAAGGCUUGCCAGACAGCACAGAAGUCAAAAACACAGGGGUGCGUUUGGGGAACAGGCAGAGUUCCCAGUCGGGUAGUCGCAGGCAGAGGGCCUACUCUGUCGGUCUGGGCCGACGACGCUCCAGCAGAGACAGUGAGGAGAUGGAAGACGCUUGGAACUCCACAGACAAGGAUGACACUCCUGCCUCACCCUGUAGCCUUGCAUCGUGGGAUUCUAAUGUAGGGGGUGGUGCCUAUCCUACCAGCCCCCCAGCCGUGUCAGGUGCCUCAGGGACUCGCUCACAGCGAUCUGUAGAGAGCAAGUCAAUGGAAAGCUUCUUUGGCACGAGGUUCCCUCUGGGCAGACUCAGGUCCUCGAUUUCAUCAGGAAAGCAGGUUCCUCUCAAGUCCCACUGUCUGUCUGCAGAGACUGAGAAACAAGCUGAAAAUGAAACUCCAGACUACUUGCCUCUGGUGAAUCUCCAGCUGGCUUCAGGAGCUUUCCUGCUGACGGAGAUCUACUCUGACUGUGUCCAGAUCCCACUGGACCGCCUGAAGAGGGCCUCACCCUACAGCCUCCACCGCCGCAGCCUCAGCCCGCCGUUCCGCUGCACAUCCCCGAGUGCUCCAUCCCUCUCCUCCACUGCCAAGCCUCCUUGUGGUCCAAUGAGUCACCACGCUUCCUUUCCUCCUUCCUCCUCCUUCACCAAACCCCCUGCUCCUCCAUUCCAUCACACUCCAGAUGACACUCCCCUGACGCUCGAGCCAAGGCUCCGCCGAAGGCAUUUGUCUGACCGGGGGCCCAUCACCUCACCCCCUGACCUCCCCAGCUCUGAGGAGGGCUCCCUGGAGCUUUCUGUUGGCCACUCCCAGAACCCCAGCCAUGGCCAGGCGGACAGUGGUCGUGGGUCAGAGACAGACGUCUGCGAGGGCUCCCCAAUGGAACCAGUCACUGCUGAGCUCCAGGGGAGCAGUCAGCUGGCUCAAGAGGACCUGGAGGGCUCAAGCUGGGCUACGGCUGUGGCUCUAGCCUGGUUUGAGCACCGCUGCGCUGGUUAUUUCAUGGAGUGGGAGCUGGUGGCGGCAAAGGCAGAUUUCUGGCUGCGCCACCAGGAGCUGCCAGAGGGAGUGGACCUGGCCGGGCUGAAAGGAGCUGCCAGACAGCUGUUCCUGCUGCUGCGCCACUGGGAUGAGAACAUCAAGCUGAACAUGCUGUGCUAUAACCCCAAUAACAUGUGAGACAAAUAUCAUUAUUAUCAUUGGAAGAUGAGCCAGAUCCACUGGGCAA